UUCUAUAGUACACAGCGGGACACUCCGCAGUUCGCUCAUCCCGCUCCUUCCCCUUGCCUUCUUUUUACGCGCUCGACGUCUCUGCAUUGACAGCGCUUGAGAGAGCCAGUCUUCUUCAGAGCUUUUUAGGUGCUGGAAAGGCGCAGGGCACUCAGCUUUCCGAUGGCGAAGCGGUCCAUGUGGUCGUUCAUAGAGAAGGAUUAAAACCUUUUUUUUCUUUCUUUCUUUCUUUUUGUUUUUCCUCCCUCCACCUCUUUCUCUAUCUGUCUGUGUUUUCUCCUCACACUAAUUUCCCACAUAAUGUGGGACGCCCGUUGUGUGCGCGGAGUGCUCCCCUCAGUCGUAUCCGCCUAACUGAAGGGGGAUCCCGGCUCGUUUUUCCACCUCUGCUCCCUUAGGACACAGAGGAGUUUGCAUGAAAAGGCUGGUUUACAGCGGCAAGCCAUGGAGGGACUUGCCUAAAGAGGAUCCAACUUAAGUCAAAAGUUUUAUACUUUUUCCCUGGUUUUAGUCUUCGCCAAUUGUAAGAUCUUCCAAGAAGUUUCCAAUUCCAUUAUCAUGGCCGAGAAGCUUGGAUCGGCGGGGCCUAAACCCAACAACGUCCGAACUGCCCCACCACUGCCCCCCGAGCCCAUUGAAAUCAUCCGCACCAAGGCCAGAUCACGCAGGGUCCGCCUUAAUGUUGGGGGUCUGAACCACGAGGUCUUGUGGCGGACCCUUGAUCGCCUGCCCAGGACCCGGCUUGGCAAGCUUCGAGACUGCAACACCCAUGAGUCCCUCAUGGAGAUCUGCGACGACUACAGCCUGAACGAGAAUGAGUACUUCUUUGACCGGCACCCGGGGGCCUUCACCUCCAUCCUGAACUUCUACCGCACGGGCAAGCUGCACAUGAUGGAGGAAAUGUGCGCCCUCUCGUUUGGCCAAGAGCUGGACUAUUGGGGGAUCGACGAGAUCUACCUGGAGUCCUGUUGCCAGGCCCGCUACCACCAGAAGAAGGAGCAGAUGAACGAGGAGCUGCGGAGGGAGGCUGAGACUAUGAGGGAAAGAGAGGGAGAAGGAGAGUUUGAUAACACCUGCUGCCCGGAGAAGAGGAGGAAACUGUGGGAUCUCCUGGAGAAGCCCAGCUCCUCAGUGGCUGCCAAGAUUCUCGCCAUAAUAUCAAUCCUCUUUAUCGUUCUGUCCACCAUCGCCUUGUCUCUCAACACCUUACCAGAGCUCCAGGUCAUGGACGAGUUUGGUCAAGCCAAUGAUAACCCUCAGCUGGCCCAUGUGGAGGCUGUUUGCAUCGCAUGGUUCACCAUGGAAUACCUCCUACGCUUCCUGUCCUCUCCGAACAAGUGGAAGUUCUUUAAAGGCCCACUGAAUGUCAUUGAUCUGCUGGCCAUCCUGCCCUACUAUGUCACCAUCUUCCUAACAGAAUCCAACAAGAGUGUGUUACAGUUCCAAAAUGUGCGCCGUGUAGUACAAAUAUUCAGAAUCAUGAGAAUAUUGAGAAUCUUGAAGUUGGCCAGACACUCUACAGGGCUCCAGUCUCUAGGGUUCACUUUGAGAAGGAGCUACAACGAGCUGGGCUUGCUUAUAUUAUUUCUUGCCAUGGGCAUCAUGAUAUUUUCCAGUUUGGUGUUCUUUGCUGAGAAAGAUGAAGAUGCCACCAAAUUCACAAGUAUUCCUGCCUCAUUCUGGUGGGCCACCAUUACAAUGACUACCGUGGGCUAUGGGGAUAUUUACCCACAGACUUUACUUGGAAAGAUCGUUGGUGGACUCUGCUGUAUUGCAGGGGUUCUAGUCAUUGCCCUACCAAUCCCUAUCAUUGUCAACAACUUCUCAGAAUUUUAUAAGGAGCAGAAGAGGCAAGAUAAAGCCAUCAAGAGGAGGGAGGCAUUGGAGAGAGCCAAGAGGAAUGGCAGCAUCGUAUCAAUGAACCUAAAAGAUGCCUUUGCUCGUAGUAUGGAAAUAUUGGAUGUGGUGGUAGAGAAAGGAGAGGACAAAACUUCCCUGGACAAUCAUCUUACACCAAGCCGUUUGGGUAGCUCCACUAGGCACGCCACUUCUGAGAGCAGUCUCAGAUCUCCAGACAAACGAAACCCAGAGUUAGGACCUCAAAGCUCACCCCAUGGUAUAACCAUCACCACCACUGGAAGUCAGCAUCGGAUAAGCAGGACCCCACAGCACCUUAGCGUUCAGAAACUGGAGGAAAUGUACAACCAGAUGACCAAGUCUCAAUCCUUCACGAAUCUGAGUUCCAUGAGCACUCUGAGCACAACUAUGACUGUCCCUGGAUCGCCAAAGAAAUCUCUCAGCCCUGACUCUACAUUAAAGGAAGAGGUGCUACUUGAAAUGAGGGAAGUCAGGGAUUCUUUGAAAGACAAUGUAGCCAGCUGUCCAGCAGAGUGCAUAAACCACGGCUUCAACCAGGCUGGUGAUGAUUAUGGGUUAUAUGAGAUCAGACACCCCACAAUUCCACCGCUUUUGAAUUUUAGCCACUUGAGGUGUACUGGUAAUGACUUCUAUGAAUCUCACAACCCAUGUGAUGGAUCAGAUUUACAUACAGAGGAAGGAAGACGCUUUAACAGUGCUGCGGAGAUAACCCAAAGCUCUCCAUCUGAAAAUAAUUCUCCAAACAUAAAAGGGUUGAAGACUAACUUCAGCAAAUCCUCCAAUGAAGGUCCUAUUACUCCACCUAGCACCACCUCUCCUGGAGAUAUUAGCUCAAGUGUCCUGGGAGAUGAGUCCCCAAUGGGAGAGACGUCACCACUUAUUCCCAGUUCGGAAGAGCUUAUCCCAGUUACAUUAGAGGGCCCCUGCAGCUUCUCCCCUAAGAAACUAUUGGUAGACACCCCACCUGGUGAUGAAGAUCAGUCCACAGACAACCACGAGGAGAAACAACUUAUGGAGGAGGCUGGCGCUGCAGUUGCACCCUUGUCACCCAAAACAGCAGUACAAAAUUGCUCCCAAGGCAACAACCCAGGUGGACACAAAGUAGAGAAUCACAUAUUUACAUCAUCUGACAUCCACCUGAUACCUGGAGAUGGCAGCCUCUCUCCAACCUGUGAAACAAGCAUGUGAGCAACAGGGAAAGCUAGACCUAAAACAACCUCAGCCCUGGCAUGUGGGGGAGCAGUAGAAAAAGGCUUGGUGCAGUCUGACAGAAAGAUACUUUUGCAUGGCAUGACAAGUUCUCUUUUACUUGUGUUGUUGUGUAUUGCUGAAUCGGAAACUGCAGUUCUUUGUGCAGUUUUGAGAGUGACGCUGGAGUAAACAGUGAGUUCAAUGAGACAAAAAAGAGGCUCUGGAGGUAUGGGGAAUUUGUUGUCUAAUGCAGACACAAGUUCUCCCAACGUAAAAAAAAAUCCUCUUUUUUUGCAAGGGAAAUGCACAGACAGACUUAUCUGUACAAAGCAUGCAUUUAAACAAAGACAGAUAUUUUAUGGUGCUUAGUUUGCUGAAAGCACUCCACUGUACAUACAACAACAUGCAAGGCAAUGACAAUGCAAAGGACAGAAGGUACAAACAUUUGUAAUGUGAAAAAGGAUGUGGUGGAUUGAAUCAACAGCCAUGAGAGUGGGUGUUGGCAUCGUAGCGAUCUAUAUUUAAAAUACAAAAGAAAAAAAAACAUAUCAUUACCUAAUGUGGAAAUGCAAAGUGCUCCCAUGAUGAACCCUGUAAUGUUUUUUUUUCUUUUCUCUUAGUGCAAAUGAUGUUUCAACCUGUAAUACUGAGAAUAUUGCUUUGGGUUUUCAUAGCACCUUUUCAGCUUUUAGUUUUGUAAUCAUCCAGAUAUCCAGUCUCUACAUUCAAGUCACCUCUAUUCACCUAAAGCACAUAACCCCUAUACUGCAGAUGCCAAAUAUGUAUAUAACCAGUAAAACUGGAAACACAGAAAAAAAAUUUAUGCAGGAUCAUCAGUAGGGGACCAGUUUUAGAUUCUGUCCUAAUCACUUCUAAGAAUUGUAUUCACUCUCUGACAACAGAUUAUAUACAUCUUUAAGUAGACUUAAGAAUCAAUAGAAUAUAAAUUUUGUAGGAUUAGACAUCACAAAAUAAAAAAAAUUCAUAUAAGAAUAUUUCAGAAAAAAUGUCAAUAAUACAGAUAAAUGCUUAAAUAUUAAUAGAGAUGCAUUAUAAAAUUGGCUGUUGACUGAAACCACAUUAUUUCUAACUUUUAAAUAUUUUUUGAGUAGCGAAUACCUCAUACCAAGUGCUACUGGGAUCAAGGAAAAGAACACUAUUUGGUGUUAAAGCUGUAAUUGGAAAAUACUCAGUUACUUGAGAGUGAAGUCAAAGAAAGCCAAUAGAUGAGGGAAGCUCUUUAAAAAAAACUGUGCUCUCUGUGAUAUGUCCAGAGAUGGCGACAAUUCUUUUAGGCUGCUGCAAAGGAGUCAGAGAGAGAGUUAAACUUGAGCAGAUAACAGAAAGAUUGAACAGAGCACUUCGGGUGCUCUGUUUUAUUGUUUGAACUUUCAGCCUGUCUGUCAUGGAACAUUUGAUUUAGAAAAGUUGGCAGUUUUUCAAAACUAAAAAUCUCAAUUACCCAAGGAAUACACACAUAAUAUGGUGUUUUAUAAAUGCUAACUGCACUAGUCGCUAAUCUAAAGACAACGUAAAAUGUCAUUUUCACAAUCCUUUUGGCUUUGCUUUAAAAAAAAUUGUAAAAACCUGUUUUAUUGCGACUGCUCUCUGACAUAGCAGUGUGCCGUUGCCUCUGCUUAAAAAAAAAAACAAUGACUGACAGUAGGAAAGAUAGAAAAGUAUAUUUUGACUGCUGUUCUUAUAUUAUCUUAUAAUAUCUUAUAGAGAAAUCAGAAUCAGCUAAAAUUGGUAUGGGGAGGUCAAAAAACAGAGUUUGGAAGUUGACAACAUAUUUCCGAGGAUUGCAUCACUAAAUAUUAGUAUUUAUGCCAAUUUAUAGGAUAUUGACUAUAACAUAAAGUAACAGUAUUCUUCCUAAUACCAAUGGACCAAAUUAAGCACACUUACAUGCUUUUAUCUAUCACAGCUGCAUCAUAUCAUCUAUUAAAAACAUCUUAUAACUAGAGUUGUAUUUGUUGCUUAUGGUUCGUUUAACUGCAUUGAGUACAUUGUCUUACCUCCCCUGCAUCCUAAUGUCUCCUGCAACUUUAGCCGAUCUAGCUGAUCGGUUUAUGCCAUUUUUUUUUCCUCAUUAUUUAUUUGUGGUGUUUUAGACUGUAAUUUAUUAUGUUUUUCAGUCAACCUUAAACCCAAUGGAGUUCUUUUUUCUCUCUUUUUGUCUCUUGUCUUCUCACGAUUGUUUUACACUGACUGAAAAUAUCUGUUGAUGUUGCCUUUGAUUGCAUUUUUUUUUUUUUUGCUAGAAGCAUGUACAUUGUCUCGAUGUGUCUGUAUGAGUGAGUUUGAGCCGCACAAAUCUGAAUUGCAGUGAGAGGAAGGACAUGGGUGAGUUGUUAGUUUUAUUUUAAUUUUUUCUUUCCUAUUUAUGAUCACCAUGUCUUUGGGGGGGUUUUUUUCACAGAAAGUUGUGGAAUGUGCAAUACCGCAUACUGCAAUCUAUGCAGGCCAAGAAUUGUGGCACUUUAUUUUCUGUCAAUGGGAAUUUGUAAGUGUACAGGCAGAAAUGACCUGUAUUUUUCAAAUGUUUUAUCUUUAAUAUGGUGGUGAAACACUGCUGCAGCUACCAGAAUCUAUCAAAAACAAUGCAAAUGGGAAUUAAAGUUUUGAUUUUAUAUUAUACACAUAAAUUGCUGUCACAAGCACCUUAAUGCCAGGUAUCAACAUACCUCAAAUUUUAAUAUUUGUGGGUAGAUGGAUCCAAAUUGACCACCAGGGCCUUUUAUAUAGCUGUUCAAAUAAUAAUAAUAACCUGAUCUAAUUUUAGUCGCCACAAGCAGUAUUUUGUGUUUUUUUGUGAAUUAAGAAUGAUUCUAUUUUUUCUAAACCAAAAAAACGGAGCAUGACCACAAUUUCCUGCCAUAUGGUGGUUGAAAUGAUGCCCACUUUUUCAUAAGACCUCUGUUUAUGAGAAGGCAGCAAGUCAUUUGCUUUGUUCAUAUAGCACUGUACAGAAAAUUCUAAUUUUAUAGGAGAAAUCAGGUCUUUAUGUAACAGAUACAAGUAAUGUUAUUGAGUUCUCAGGUUUUCUAUAAAUCUCUGAUGUUCUCAUUGGAUAAAUGAUUUGUUGUUUGUGUUGUUUUAUUUUUCUUUUUAACAACUAGUGUCAAACUCUCUAUUUCUGUACUUUUUCAAAGCUGUUGUCAAAUUAAUGUCAAUGUCCUGGCUGCUAUAUAAUGGAGCCACAAUAUGUAUCCCUCGUCAUGGAUAAUUCUGUGCAGCACAUUGAAUAUUCAUCUCCAUUAGCCUUCAGUGAUGAGCAAAGGAUUGACAAUGAGUGUCUAUAGCCAUCCAUCAGAUUGCAGUGCCUUGCAAAAGUGGAUAUGUCUUUUGAAUUUUUUCAAAAUAAAAUUUAAGUUUACAGCCACAAACUUCAGUAUAUUUAUCUACAAUAUGAUAUCCAGUGAUUAAAUGCUGUCCACCUGUGUGUAAUUCAGUCUCGGUAUAAGUCCAAUAAUUCUAUGAAGGCCUCAAAGGUUUAUUAAGAUAAUACUAGCAAACAAACUGCCUCAUGAAGACCAAGGAACAAAGCAUAUAGGUCAGGGUGAGAAGCUUAGAGCAAAGUUGGUUUCAUAAAAGCGAUAUUCCAAAGCUUUGCAAUAUUUGAAAAUUUCAUGGUGCACUGUUCAAUCCAUUAUCUUAAAACAGAAAGAACAAGACACAGUUAGGCAGAGACCAUUAAUCAGAGAAGGAUCCAAGGGUCCCAUGGUAACUCUGGAGGAACUGCAGAGAUCCACAUUUUAAUUAUUUUUUGUGAACUGUAAGUCCAUGCUUUCGUUCUGCUUUACCUUCAUGCAACACUUUGUGUUGCUACAUAAAUUCACCUAAAAUAUAUUGCGGUUUGUGGUUGCAAUGUGCUCAAAUGUGAAAAGAUUCAAGGAGUGUGAAUACUUUUGUGGUGCACUGUACAUUGUCUACUGUUCCAUUCUCUACAGCUUUACAGACUUUGGCCACCUGGUGUGACUCGGCAAAGGCAAUCACCGGGUUAAAGAAAAGCCGUGUAGAGGAAGCAAAAGUGUCCUGUUAAAUGUUUUUGAAAACCAUUUCAAUCGGUGAUUUCUUUUUUGCAUAUCCUUUUUUUUUUUCAACCUGUAUGCCCAACGUAGCAUAAUCUGACUCAGUAUUCAGAGAUUUGCAAGACCUCAUGGAGUUAUCUUUGUGAAUUUAAUGAUGCAUCAUUGGAGACUUAGAUGUUUCUGGUUCCCUCCGAUGUCAAAUCCACGGUCAGUGUUGGUUGUUUUUGUUGUUUUCUUUUAUGAAUGAAGGUUUGAUGACAACCCUCAUGUUGAAGCUCCUUAAUUCUGUACCUAUGCUCCCUCCCCCCGCCCCUCUUCACCUCCUGUUUGUGAUAAUCAUGUGUCUGUGUUAGCCCUAAAUAAUCCUUCAUUAUAACAGAGUAGAGAAACAAAGGGAGUUGGAUUGAUCGGUUAUAUCCUAGUGGAAUAAAAUUUCUGUGGAGAGGAAUUCUGCAGGCUGACAGCGAAAAGACCAUGCUCCGUCUUAGUGUCUCAUAACAGCACAUUGAUUAGUGAUGCUGUACAGAGUGGAAAUGAUGUCUUUAUUUUCUCUGAGAGAAUGUUUGUUGUCUGUGUCGAUCACUUGUGCUUGCCAAGCCGUCCUCCCCAAAAAUGCAUAAAGCAACAUUGUUUUGUUCUUAUGUAUGUGUAUAUUAUGCCUCUUACAUUAUUAUUUUUUUAUUUGUCUUUCUCCGUUCAGCUUUGAGAUGACAUUAUCAUUAGACGUAUUCUGAGCUACAGACUGUUUCUGUACAAAGUGACAUCUUUGUAUGCAUGUUGUAGUCCAAGCAAUUAUGUGACCAUAGAACAGUUUGUUAUGGUACAUGUUUGUCAACAUUUCUGUAGCCCAUUGUUCCCCAUUACAUCUACUAGCAUUAUGCAGAAUAACAAAUAAAUGUGUAUAUAUAUUA